AUGAUGAAUUGCGGAGAAAAUAAAUCCCUUAACUUGCAGCCGACCGAGACGGAAGUGAUGCAAAGUGUAUUUGCCGAAUUGAGAGCGGCAAGUUUCCACGUUCCUGAACGGACGCUGUUGCAGUUUAGUCAGUACAUCACAGGACCAUCCUCGAUUAGCUGCCGAUACCGAUCCUUGGAAACCGUCACCGGCCCAGUCGCGAUUAGCCGCCGACACCAGUCCGAGCCAAACGUGACCGGACCAUCCACGAUUAGCCACCUGCAGUCCACACGCCUGCAAACGUCACCGUACUUUGCCGAGGACCAAAAUAUGCAGACGACACCACCACGGCGGAACAGCGACAGAAGCCGGGCGGUGGCAGCCGUGGUAUAUUAA